GAAAUAAGUAGUGUGGCGGUAGAACCCACGAAGUGUAUUUGGCCUGUUAUCAUCUGUCUUCAAAUACUAUUUAUUAAAGCCUAAUAACUACAAGCCUGUCUCCGACUCAUCUUGGGAACGCUACAAGAAGAAGAACAUAAAACCACAUUCAUCCCAUUUCAUAAUGAAGUCGUUUGUCAUAGUUCUCUUUGUCGUUUAUCGACUUUAUUUAUGUGAAUCACAAGGGAUCAGUGCUGGGACUGUGUUUGUGCUGAAGGGAGAGGAUUUGCAUCUGAAUGUCACCAAAGCUGUUGUUCUUGGGAAAUUAGAUUUUUUUUCCUGGCAAUAUAAUGAAAGUAACAUAGUGAGAUUCAAUUCUACGGACAAAAAAGUCUAUGAUAAUCACACUGGAAGGCUCGAGUUUCCUGGGAACAAUUACUCUGUGAUCUUGAAGAAUCUCCAAGAGGCAGACAGUGGAGAAUAUACUGCUGUAGUGACAAAGCUUUCAGGAGGCGAAACAGAAGCAGCUAAAUACAAGAUCAAAGUUCAAGAUCGAGCGUCUCUCCCUCUCCUCACAGUGAGCUCUGUCUCCAGAAACUCUUCCUCCUGUAGCUUCACUGUGACCUGCAGCUCACAGGACUCUCACAUCAACAGCACUUUCACAUGUGACAACCAAACCUGCAGUCAGGAGGGAGGAGAGCGGUCAGAGGGGAUCCCUGAUACUUUUCUCCAGGUCCACCAAUCAAGAGGAUCGAUCAUAUGUAACCAUAGCAACCAUGUCAGCUGGACCAACACAACCAAAAUAAUCAAAGAUGUCUGCUACCAGCAUGUUGAUCGAGCGUCUCUCCCUCUCCUCACAGUGAGCUCUGUCUCUGAUAGCUCUUCCUCCUGUAGCUUCACUGUGACCUGCAGCUCACAGGACUCUCACAUCAACAGCACUUUCACAUGUGACAACCAAACCUGCAGUCAGGAGGGAGGAGAGCGGUCAGAGGGGAUCCCUGAUACUUUUCUCCAGGUCCACCAAUUAAGUGGAUCGAUCAUAUGUAACCAUAGCAACCAUGUCAGCUGGACCAACACAACCAAAAUAAUCAAAGAUGUCUGCUACCAGCAUGUUGAUCCUCAAGCAACAACCAUUCUUCUCAUCACUUUGGGAGUAUGCUUUGCAAUUCUCGCCAUCAUUGGUGUACUUUGGUAUCUUCUAAAGAGAAGAACAAGCAAAGGAGCGAGUAUCGAAAAUCCAGUUAAUGAUUCUGCUCAGAGAGAGGUAAGAGACAAGGUCCUGCUACUCACAUUGCCGGUUCAACAAGACCUCCAACCCAUACGACCAAAUAAUACGACCGAUAAUCCCGUUUUAAAUGUAUCGACCUCUAGUGCUCCCGUUGACUGCAAACGCUCCGGUGGGUAGUACAUUCUCAAAUAACCCUCUGGAAAAUCCUAAAUUGUAGGAUAGUUUGGCCAUUAAAUGCUUUUUGAUUAGAUUUCUAGCGAGAAGUGUAUAUUAUGAAGAUGAUUUGAGGUCUCGCCAGGAGAACAUUUAUAUUGGCGGCAGCGUCCAUGUAAAGUUAGCGUCAACCCUCACGGGGUGAAAACAGUAUUUCCGGUCUCGAAGUUUUCAUAAUAAAACCGUAUUCCCCUGACUGUCAAAUGAUUUUACAGUUAUAUCUGUAGUACUCAUCCACUAAAAACAUCAGUGACAUUGAUUGGUUUAAAUGGUGUACAAUGAGGUUUUGAUAAAACAUCGAACUACCCAUAAUCUUCAGCUGUCGUUGAAGCUCGGUGAUGUUUUAGCCGCAAUGCACGUUGGGAUAUGGUGUUUAUACGAUAUGAAAUCCGAAAACAUUUAAAAGAAAAUAAUACUUUAUUCCACGUGUGCUUGCUUUUCUCUUUGGAAGUCAUCACAUAACGGCAUUUUGAUACACGGUUCGGCUGCAUUCAAUAUUACACAUCUGCUGUAGUUCUUUAUUUAUAGAGCCCUGAUGAGAA